GAGCCACGUCACCUGUUGAACCCCUGUGUUCAGAGAAGAGGCUGAAAUGCCACCCAAAAGGUGACAGGGACACAGCUCCAGUGAGGAAUCAUCCCCUUGGGCACACAGCAAUGCUUUUCCAGGUGUGGAUCCCUCCUGCCCAUCCUGCAGGUGACCCCAGAGCAUGAGCAGGGCAGGAGGGCAGGGCUGGAAUUAACCCCCCCCAUGCCAAACCCCCACGAUGAGCUGGUGAGAGGAGCCUCCCACACGGAUCCCUUUGGGUGCUGAGGCCACCCUGGCUGCAGGACAGGAGGGAUGGACGAGUUAUGACGCACAGAACCAGAGCACAGCCAUGAACAACAGCUCCUACUGCCAUGAGACAGACCUCAAACCCUACUACGCCGUCACCUACACGGUGAUCCUGAUCCCUGGGCUCAUCGGGAACACCCUGGCCCUGUGGGUCUUCUAUGGCUACAUGAGAGAGACCAAAAGGGCUGUGAUAUUUAUGAUCAAUUUAGCCAUUGCUGACCUGUCCCAGGUGCUGUCCUUGCCCCUGAGGAUUUUUUACUACCUGACAGGCACGUGGGAGUUCGGAGGAGGUCUCUGCAUGCUCUGCUUCUACCUGAAGUACGUCAAUAUGUACGCCAGCAUCUACUUCUUGGUGUGCAUCAGCGUGAGGAGGUACCUCUUCCUCAUGCACCCCUUCAAAUUCAGUGACUGCAGGCGUGUGUGUGAUGUCUACAUCAGCAUCGUGGGCUGGGUGGUGGUGUGUGUGGGCUGCCUGCCCUUCCCACUGCUCAGGAUGCAGCACCAGCAGGACACAAACUCCUGCUUCGUGGAUCUUCCCAUCAAGAAGCUGGACCUGCCCACCUCCAUCACCAUGAUGACCCUGGGGGAGCUGGUGGGGUUCGUGACCCCCCUGCUCAUCAUCCUCUACUGCUCCUGGAAGACAAUGCUGUCCCUGAAAGAGAGGCACUCUGCUUCCCGGGACCUGGGCGAGAAGAAGAAGGCUCUGAAGAUGAUCCUGACGUGCGCCCUGGUGUUCCUGAUCUGCUUUGCCCCUUACCACAUCAGCUUCCCCCUGGAUUUCUUCGUGAAGACGGGGCAGAUCCGGGCGGGCUGCGUGCCCAUCUCGGUGUUCCACGCCGUGGCUCUGUGCCUGGCCAGCCUCAACUCCUGUGUGGAUCCCAUCAUUUACUACUUCACCACGGACGAGUUCAGGAGGCGCCUGUCGCGGCAGGACCUGCAGGACAGCGUGCAGCUGCAGCAGCUCAGCUACGGCAGGAAGCUCUCCAGGGACCUGCUGGGGGAGGACACCACGGAAUGCUACAGCUGCCCUUCCCAAAGAGCUGCCAGCAUUUCCAACAGUCAUUAAAUUUUGGUUUUUGGCACGAUUUUUUUUCUCUCAGGUCAAUGAGAACAACUCAAAUUUCUGCUUUUGGUGAGGGUUUGAAUAAAUAAACCUCACCCCUCCAAAAAAAAACCAAAACAAAACAAUCUAAACCUGACCAAAAAUUUGUUGGUUUAACACUUCAGGUGCAGAUUUUCACUGAAUAUAAAAAGGAGCAUUUCCUAUGGAAAGCAGGGGGCACAGACCCAUGGGAGAGGUGACACCAUGCCCUGCUGUCACCCAGCCAUGUCCUGGUCAGUGAGAAAUGAGGAACAGCAAAGAUUCUGGGGUCUUGCUGUACAGAAAGAAUUGCAUCCUGAAGAGUUCUGGAUGCCACAACAUUCUCAGUUUGUGAAGCACAAGACAAUUCAGCAGAGACUGAUUCUCCAGAGGGUGCCCAGAGGCUGCUCCAGCCAUGCUGAGCAUGGGCUGAGGAGCAGAAGGUGGCCCCAAAGGAUUUCCCAUUUAAAUAAUCAAUGAAGCCUCGUUUGGGGGUGCAGCAAAUGCCCUCACCCCAAAUCACACACUCAGUGAAGCUUCCACACACUAUUUUUCUGCCAUCAGUUCCCACUUCUGGGUGCAAAGCCAAGGGUUAAAGCCAUGCCUUGGGUUUUGAGCCAUGGGGUGGUGCUUGGAGGGUGUUUAUUCAAGCCAGGUGUCCACCAAGCCUUUUCAGAUCCUCUUUUCACCCAAAAUGGGACAAAUUAUUUCCCUUUCACUGACAGCUGACCCACAGCCAUCACAUCCACUCCCCAUCAACAGCAGCAGGAUCCAACAGAGGAUCCAAACCUCUCCAAAUUUUGCUGUAAUGGGAACUCUCUGGAAGCAAAGUGUGCCAUGAGAGAUUUUGAAGAAAGGCUCAAAGGUGGAUUUUUUAAAAUAAUAUUUGCUUUAAAUUCAAACCACAGAGAGUUUGGGCUUGACUUUGAUAUUUCAUUUGCACCUUGUAGUAAAAUGUUAUUUUCUUGUGAACAUUGGAAACGUUACAUUUGGAGAUGUAAAAUACUGUGACAGUAUCAUUUUUUAUUUAUGCAAAUGUUGGUUUAUAAUUUAUAUAAGGGACAUACACAUUGCAGGAAAAUGAUGUGAAGCCCAGAGAGUGUCAGAACACAAGAAGUUUGUUUUUUCAAAAGCUUUUUUAUAUAAUAAAAGAAAACUCCACCACCUCUUCCCUACAGGAAUCUGAGCCAGUGCCUGAUGGCUGAGCAAGCACUGAUAAUUCAUGGAAACCA